AUGACUUACGCUUAUCUCUUCAAGUACAUCAUCAUAGGGGACACAGGUGUGGGGAAGUCAUGCCUCCUCCUGCAGUUUACAGACAAGCGUUUCCAGCCUGUCCACGACCUCACAAUAGGUGUGGAGUUUGGUGCCCGUAUGGUCAACAUUGAUGGCAAACAAAUCAAACUGCAAAUCUGGGAUACGGCUGGGCAAGAAUCGUUCCGUUCUAUCACCCGUUCCUACUACAGGGGAGCAGCUGGAGCCCUGCUGGUUUACGACAUUACAAGACGUGAGACCUUCAACCAUCUGACUUCAUGGCUAGAAGAUGCUCGGCAGCACUCCAGCUCCAAUAUGGUUAUCAUGUUGAUUGGAAAUAAGAGUGACCUAGAGUCUCGACGAGAUGUAAAAAGGGAAGAAGGAGAGGCCUUUGCUCGGGAGCAUGGACUUAUCUUUAUGGAGACCUCAGCUAAAACUGCCUCUAAUGUUGAAGAGGCCUUCAUUAAUACAGCCAAAGAAAUAUAUAGGAAGAUUCAGCAGGGCUUAUUUGAUGUCAACAAUGAGGCAAAUGGCAUCAAGAUUGGGCCUCAGCAGCCAGCUUCAGCAUCAUCAGGACCCAGCUCUUAUCAAAGGAAUUAUGAAGGCACAAGUGACAGCUCUAGCUGUUGCUGAAUUUCUGGCCAUAGUAUCUGGUCCUUCUUGGGACAUUCCCAUUAUGAAGCAGACUUGAGGAAAGAGGUCCUGGCCACUUUGGGGCCAGCUGAAGCCUCAUCCCCAGGUGUGAUAUCCUGCCCUUCCAGCCGAUUAGGGAAGAAUUUGUGCCCUUAACCGACCUGUUCCUCUUUAGGGACAUGAACAUUUCCUAUAGAUUAGGGAUCCUCUCUCUUCCUCCCUCCCUCCCAACCCUCAUCCUCAUAUUUUAAUUUCUAAACUAUUAGGGGCAAGGCUGAGACUCACUAGAAUUCAAAGAUAAGCAAACCCUGAUUUUUUUUUAGCACAACCCUGCUGCCCAUUAUGAAGUGUUAGCAAGUGUCAGAGAUCUUCUGAGUCAGCAUGUUAUAGAAGUAGGAUCUGGUGUACCAUGUGGGAAUAGAUUUGCUAGUUUACCUUUUCAUUUCCUUCCCUUUGGGAUCCAUUUGCUACUUUUUCAAAAACCUUGUAGGGAACACAUUCUUCCUUCUGCUAGAGCAUUUCAGAUAGUAAACAGUUUUCUAAGACUAUAAGCAACUCCUUUUCAUUGCUAAUUUUUACCUUAGGGUCCAAUUUUAAAGAAAUAAAUGGACUUCUUGAGGCAGUCUAGGACCUGUGGUCUCUUUCUGGUAGGACCCAGAGAAAGCCAUUUUUACUCUUGUUCUUUGAGACCAUAUCUAUUCAAGACCCACAAACAACUGAAUAUUUACUAUUUGACCAACUUCAUUUCACUACAAAUCCUCUAAUCAAGCAAAUUUGCUUGCUUUCCCCAACUUGUUAUACAUUACAUUGUUCCUGCCUCCUUGCCUUUUCAAAUUCUUAUCCAUAUCCUUCAACAUAAGUUUAAGAGUAACUUCUGAUAUGUGUCCUAAGAUCAACCUUACCAAAAUCUAAUUGGUCUUCCUAGUUCCCCUUCAGCCUCCAUAGAUUCAGUGUUAUAUUUACUUGCACUUUUUGUUUCUUUGUAAAUAUUGUCAUUGGUUAGUUGUUGAUGUGGAGGACCUAUUUUUCUCCAGAGAGUGUUAAACCCCUUGAGGGCAGGGACCAUGUCUUCUGUUGCUUUUGUGCUUCUCCUUCCUUUCUACUUCCCUCCUGUAGUGCUUAGUGUUAGUACGUACUUUAUAAAUCUGACUGACUUAAAAGACUUGGAACAGCCUUAUUGUAUGCCUUUUCUAAGGCGCUGGAAGCACCUUUAAGGAACUACAUCCCAGUAUUUUUCAACUGCUAAUCUGGGAAUCCAUAUUUCCAUUCUUUCCCUUAAGAUCCAUACUCAUUUGUCUUCCCUCCCAUUUCUAAGAUCUUUACCUCCAUUCCAUGCAGACCUACAUAGGAAGGCUGACUGCCUCUAGGCAAGCAAAUCAGCAUGCACUUUUCCGGUCAGUCCUAUAUUUCAAAAGCAUAUGAUGCUAUCUUCACAAAAAUCUGCCCCUCUCCCACUCCCCUCCCCAUCAUGUCUUCCCAACCCUACCCCUGUACCUUUCUGCCUAGGUUACUCAGUUGCCCUCUUCCCCACUGGUGUCUCAUGGAUUUUUUUCUUUUUUUUUUUUGUUGUUAAAAUUGUUUCAUUAUUAAAUAUAUGCAUGUGUC